UUCGAACUCCUGGCAGUCUGUUAGAAGACGGCCUUGCAAAACUUGGAAAAAAUAUUAUUCAUAUCCGGCCAUACCAUGGGGAAUGAAGACAAAGAAUUUGCGCAAGCCCCGUCUGUUCCAAAGCAAAGGGCACUCACCAAAAAACUGGCCACGUACACAAUAACUUUAGAGGAUAUAGAGGGCGGGAGCACGGCUGCAGAACAAGCAGCCAAAUUGAAAAAAUUGCCCGAUGGAGAUUUAAUCAAGGUGGAUAAAAAAGAAAACGCCUGCUAUCCAAAUCAGAUUGGGUACAGGCUCAAACUGGGUUCUAAUGUCCAUUGGAGGAAAGAGCUCAAACUUGUUGAAGACACCAUGCAGAAGCCCGACAUACAGCUUUGCCGUUGUCAGGACGAUCGGAGAGAACAUGAAGUCUAUGUAAAGGCAGAUCUCUUUGAGACUCACCAGUUAAUCCUCUGUAAAGCUAAGACCUUAGGUGUGACGAAACCGGUUUACCUGAUCCAAGACGCUCCUGAAAAAAUAAGAGGAGGAACCUUUAUCACUUUCGAGUGGAUUAAAGACUUGAAAGACACUUGUAUAUCGUCAAUUAAAUUGUGUCCAAUGUGGCGUGAUAAGAUUGCUAAGAAAAUAAUAAUCCUUUUAAAACGUUAAGAAAUCCUACCAAUACCAUGAUAACUCAAAGGAGAAUCUGAAUUAAGUUUGGAUCCUCCUUGAAACUUUUCUUAAUUUCCUAUACCGACUUUCGCGUAUAUUAAGCUGCCUAAUUAAGUAACAGUCUGUUUUAAGACAUACAUCUUCUGUAAAUUUUAGUCCAAACAUCUUGUUAAUGUAAGUUAUUGAUUAUUGGAAAUUAAAGGGAUAAUAACUCUUCGUAUGAGAUCUAUAUUUCACAAUAAAAACAUUGUGAACAA